GAUAGUUUGAAACAAAUUGGGUGAUUGUCUGGCACCGUAUUAAACGGGGUCAGUUAUGAAAUAAUGUUAAUGUUAAUUGCGGAGACCAACACGGUUUAGUGGGAUUUCGGGCCGGAUGCAGGGAGAUCCGAAAAGAGAGUCCGGUUCUCUUAUUGACGUCAAGUUCUUUUUUUUUUCAUCUUCUGUUUUUGGUGUCGGAGGUUCAGAGUUUUCGUGGAUCACGGAUGGAAACAUGAGUAAGUGGUGGAGAGGUCGCAGCGAAAGAAUUCUGUGGUGGAGGAGCAGAUGGACGGAACGGUGAAGAGGUGGAGCAAUGAGUAAUGAAGAAUGCCGUGCCAUCCAAGUACUACUACUACUACAUGCUUCGAUGAUGUGAAAGUCGGUCAGUGUGCUUUAUACUUAGUUAGGCUGUGUAUAUGUGUUGUUAUGGAAACGGUCUGAACUAGUCGACAUCGAGGAGAGUAUCCCCCACGCGUGCAGAGGACAAGAAGAAGACCGCUCAAAACUUGUGCACUUGGUUCAGUCCGCGUCAGACAGACAACAACACACUACAAGCGACGUUACAAGAUUCAAAAUAAACACGCGCGCGUAAAGCCGCAUUAACAAAACUUUUAACAAUAACAAUAUUAUUAUAUUUUUAUCUGCAUUCAAAGUGACCAUAAAGUAUACACAGUACAGUGAAAACUAUAAAAAGUGUCAAGACAAAAUUCUAAUUUGGAUUAAAUUUUUCAUUACUUUCUUGGUUCCAAUUAUAUAAGGUGAUCCAAAAGCAUGAUUGUACGUUGGUCCGCGGUUGCGGUUCUCGGAACGUUCCUGUUCCUUCUAGUUUCUGCAACAUCUGCCAAGAAAGAGAAAUCUACGACUGAAGCGAAGUGUCCGAAGAUAUCAGAAUGUCCUUACAACGCCCAAUUCUGCGAAGACGACGAAGACUGUAAUCCUGAUAGCGCAUGCUGUAACAGCAGCUGCGGCAACGUCUGCACCAAACAAUUGUUCACAGGAUGUCAGACUUUGAGGACGGCGGCCGCGAGAAGAGCCAAGUCCCUGGGAGUCGAUGGUAAAAAGAACGUGAGGAUACCCAGAUGUGCGAGGGAUGGUGCCUUCGAACCCAUCCAAUGCAGCAACGAGAUCGUCAGCAGCUGUUGGUGCGUCGACGAGGCCGGUUUCGAGAUGCCAGGCACGAGGGCGCCGGCCGCAGCCCUCGUCAAUUGCACAGCACCCAAGCCUUGCGCCGCCCACACCUGCAGGAUGUUCUGUCCGCAUGGGUUCGCUCUGGCCAAGGACGGAUGUCCUCUUUGCAAGUGUCGCGAUCCGUGCGAAGAUGUCAAGUGUCCCGACGCAUUGGCCUGCCAACUGGAGGAGCUCUCGUGUAAAGAUCCACCAUGUCCCCCAAUUCCCACCUGUAAGAGAGGACGCAGUUUGGACAACAUCUGUCCAGUGGGAGAUCCACUUAGGAUUAGCGACACGGUGCGUCCUUUCCUUUGCGGAAACGAUCCAACUAAGCCCAACUGUCCACCAAUGUAUCAGUGCUUAGUACAACCAGGAAACGAUUAUGGUGUCUGCUGUCCGGCUUCGCUGCAAAUCCAGAAAACCGGAAGUUGCCCAGCCAAAACUGAACAGGUCUACGAAUGUGGUUCCAUGUGCACUCACGAUCUUGAAUGUCCCUCCGUUCAAAAGUGUUGCGAAACCGCUCAGUGCGGAUCAUCCUGCACACAUCCAUCAAAUGUCACUGAGUGUUUACACCAGAGAGCUUUAUCUGAAAUUUUGGCUGUAAGUGAACGAGCUGGUAGAGGAUAUGUGCCGCAAUGCGGUUCUGAUGGACACUUCGAGACGAGGCAGUGCAGCAGAAAUGGCUUAGUCUGUUGGUGCGUGGAUCGGAUGGGUAAAAAACUCAAAGGAUCGAUGGGUGCAGCUGAAAACGUCAAUUGCACUUUAGUCGAAGCUCGCAUCCAAACGCAGGGUCGUAGCAUUGCUGGUAAGCGAAACAAGUGCGAGCAUUUGGAAUGCGCUGCCAUUUGCGAGUAUGGCUUUAAGCUGGAUGACGAUGGUUGCCAUACCUGCAAAUGCGAUGAUCCGUGCGAAGGAUACGCUUGUCCAGAAGACGAGGAGUGCGUGAAUGUGAAAGAUUCAAGUUGCAUGGAUUUCCUGUGCCCUUCGCUUCCGGUGUGCAGACCCAAGCAGGUAUAUACAAAUCCCUGCAUUAGCGGAACACCUUUAACAGAUGACCUCAGCGGAGCUCCAAUUGCAUGCGCUCUUCGCUCCGACGAUGGCACCCUUUGUCCAUCCAGUCAUGAAUGCACAGCGGUAGCAGGAUCAACGCAAGCUGUGUGCUGUCAAAAAGAAUCGGAAGAAGUCAAGCCAGAAUUAGAUCAAAUAGCUGAAGAGAAUAGGCCUCAGACUAUGUGUGACUAUUUGCAUAGUUUCUCUGAAAAUAUGGAAGGUACCAGGGAUGGAAUGGCUAUGGCUCUGCCGCAGCCCAAGUGCGAUUCCGAAGGUAAUUUUGUGGCGGAACAAUGUGACGGAGAUUGCUGGUGCGUGGAUCAUUUCGGAACAGAAAUUCCGAAAACAAGAAACGCUGGAAAGAAUUGCACAGAAAUCUGGGAGACUUCCGACUGCUUAGAUCUGACUUGCCGCUUAGGUUGCGAUUACGGUUUCGUGUUGGACGAAGAGACCGGAUGUCCGACAUGCCAGUGCCGCGAUCCAUGCAACGGCAUCUCUUGCAACGAAGAUCAGCAGUGCCAGCUGGUGGAAGUCAGCUGCAAGGACCAUUAUUGCCCACCUGUACCUGCGUGUUUGCCGAAGAAAAUGGGUCAAUGUCCGUACCUGGUGGCAGCUUCGACGUCCUGCGAUUUCGAAUGUAACUCAGACAUGGCGUGCAAUGGUACCAUGCGGUGCUGUUCGAACGGAUGCGGUACUCAAUGCAUAGAGCCGAUGCUGUUAACCGGCUGUCAACAUAAGAAACAAGUGUUGGAGCAUCAAGCCAGGGAAUCUGGUAUACCUGCAGGUAGGGUUUACCUACCGCAGUGCAAAGAAGAUGGGGAAUACGAGACGAAGCAAUGCGAUCAUAAAGAAUGUUGGUGCGUCGAUUUCAGAGGUUUCGAGGUAUCCAAGACGCGCAAAUCAAGGAACGAAGCUUUGAGUUGCGAACAACUGGAGGAAGCAAGUACGUGUCCAACUUACAAAUGCAAGGAGGACUGUGAACACGGCUUUGAAAUGGACGAGCAUAAUUGCAGAACGUGCAGAUGCGCCGAUCCGUGUUCUAAAAUUUCUUGCAGAGAGGAUGGAGAGAUGUGUAGAUUGGUAAACGUUGAGUGCGUGUCGUGGCCAUGCCCAGCAGUUCCUAUGUGUUUGCCCAAAAAGGAAAAUCCUUGCCAGAACGGUGAACCUUUAAACCAAAUAUCUUGCGGCCCCGACCAGGAUGGCUGCCCCUCCAGUCAUAAGUGCCAAUUGAGUCCCAUCGGCGAAUACGCCGUGUGCUGUCCAAAACCCCGAGAUGUUUGCUUCGAAGCCUUAGAGACCGGAAAUUGUUCGGGCGAAGAAUCUAAGAACCUCACAAGAUACCGCUUCAAUCCGCGCACAAACAAAUGCGAAAACUUUAUGUAUUCCGGUUGCCAAGGUAACCAUAACAAUUUCCACUCUGAAGAGGUUUGCGGGCAGGUCUGUCCUGUGCUGAGUCAAUGCGAGAGGUUAAGAGAGAAGAACCAGAGAUCCGCAGAGCGUUACCACAAACCCACUUUCCUGCCGAAGUGUGAUCCGGAAACCGGUAAUUGGGAGAACGUUCAGUGUUUAGAUCACGUGGGUGUAUGUUGGUGCGUGAACCCUCAAGGUGAGCCGCUCAAGGGCACGUUAACCCGUGGGGCGCAACCGGAAUGCAACUUCCGACAGGCCCGGAACAGAGCGCGAGACCGCUCCGAUCUCGGAUCCGAUGCAGAUCUGGUUCUUGAAGAACUGCUGAUGCAGCUGGGUAACUUGCAGGCAACCGACGACGACGAAGAGGACGAAGCUGAAGUAGGUAUUAGCUGGGAGCUUCCGUUGAAAUCGCGAUGCGAAGCUCUGGGUAAGCAAUGCGACCGGGAAGGAAAGUUUCUUCCGGCCCAAUGCGAACAGGACGUUUGCUGGUGCGUAGACGAAGCCGGAAAUCAACUUCCAAACACAAACACCUUCAAACACGGCGAACAUCUGUGCUUACCGACACCGGUUGAAAGCGUGGAAAUCACAUUGGGUUUCCGCGGAGAGUACGACGAAGUAACCGCAGUGCCAGUCAUCAAUCAAAUCAGCAAAAUCACAAAGAACAUGAAAGGUACCGUCACCAAUGACGGUUUAGAGUACGAAGUGACUCCUGAUGUUUUAUACAUCAAAUUCUCUUUGAUCGGAAGCAACAAGGUUGAUGUCGCUUAUAGAUUAGAGCAAAUGGUUAUGCAACAAAGUUUGCCAGGUAUGACGGCGGAUAUAACAAGGUCCCGGUUUACACACAGAUUGGGAAACCUUGAGCAACCGCUGGUGGCUGAGAGGGUGGUAGCUUUGGAGCACCGCGAAAUCGUUUCUCAAUCGCCAGUCUCGUUGGUAGCUCAUUACCAUACGGCGCUCAUUGUGAUCGCGGCUGCUUCCGCUUUCGUUAUAUCUGUUUUAACGUUACUCGUCAUUUUAUACAAGCGCAAAAUGGCGAAUUUGAACAAUGCGACGGCAAAGAUCGUCGAGGACAAUCAGCGAUUCCUAUCGCUGAAUCGUCCUAUCUACAUCGAGUUGCCGCACGAUAAGCUUCCGGACCCGGCCACCAAACAGGAAGUGAAGGCGACAUAAGUGACGCAGCUAUAUAUAAACAUAUAUUUAUGAAAACUAACAUAUCUUUUAAUUUUUGAAAUUUUGUAAAUUUUCUGGCGGUGCCAAAGGAGUAAAGAUCGAGCGGACAUUUCUUUAUUAAUAUAGUAUUUCCUUCGCGCAAACCAUGUAUGCUUUUUAAUCUUUUGGCAACGAACGCUUUAAUUUAUUGUAAUCGUUUCUACCGUCUCUUUACUUCAUCCAAUUGGUGGAACUUCGAAAGCGUAAACGGGACGGUAGAUUGGAAUGAUUAUUUUUGUUUGAUUGUUCGAACUCGAAUCAUUCACGCAAGAUUACGAUAUAUUUUUUUUAUAAAUAUAUAUAUUAUGUAAGAAA